AUGUCUGAGGACGCGAGACAGACUGCAACUUUGCUGAGCCUGCCAUCGGAAGUUCGUGCACUGAUAUAUGGAUACCUACUACAAUCCUCGAUCCCUCUGGUGAUCGCUGCCGCUCCACCGAAACCCCAUGGGACGACCACGCAAGCAAUCGCAGGACCUCACGCGCUUUCACCCCAUCGCAGUAUAGCACCUCACUAUCUCUCUGCGCAACUGCUGGCCACUUGUUCGACCAUUCGUGAUGAAGCUCUCCCUAUCCUCUACGGCCACAACACAUUCGACAUCUCCUCCCAUUUCUCCUUCCACCUCGCCCGCCCCUCCUUCCAGUCCCUCCUCCGCUCCCUCACCACCCUCGAGACAAAACACUGGCGCAACCGCAUCGUCUCCCCCACCGCCAGCGCCUUCCUCUGGCGCGACGUCAAGUCCUACGAGCGCAUGAUUUGCACGUCCGCGCAAGCUAUCCUCCAGAAGGCGCCGAAGUUGGGUGUAUUGGCGCAGAGGAAGUGGGUUGGGCCGGUGGGUGGACGGGGGGAGGAAUUGAGGCGGAGGAAUGCGGAGAGGGCUGCUGCGUUAAGGCGGCUGGAGGAGGGAUUGGCGGUGGUCGACGACGGCGCAUCUGUGAAUGCAGCAUUGACAGGAGUGGGCGAGGCGUCGUCUGUCUUUUCAGCACUGGGUGCAGCUUUGCAGCAGGCCUCUGGCGAGAGCCACGUCCCUGCUCGGAGGAAGAGUGCCGCGACGGUCCGCGUGAAGUGGCGCCUCCUGGCCGACGUGUCCCAACUGCGCGACGACGAGGUUGUGGUGGAUAUCGACGCCGAGGUCGCUGCCUUGUCGCCAAAGCAUGGCGAGGAGGAGACGGGUGCGAGGCAGAUAGCACUGGAUCCGAUCUAA